AUGACAGACUUUUGGAGGUUAGAAGAGAUCAGUUUUCAAAAACCAAAAGCAAAACACGAUGUUUUAUGCGAAAGCCAUUUUAUUAAUAAUAUUAAACGUGACCCUAAUGGUCGAUAUAUUGCUAGAUCACCAUUUAUUGAAGGCGAUCGUACGCUUGGUGACUCUAAAGCAGCAGCCUAUCGGCGCUUCCAUGCAUUAGAAAAUAAAUUUUUAUCUAAACCAGAAUUAAAAUCAGAAUAUCACAAAGUAAUGCAAGAAUAUCUUGAUCUUGGUCACAUGUCACCUGUCUCAGAUGAUUCUGAGCACAAAUAUUAUCUACCGCAUCAUGCUGUGAUUAAAAAAUCCAGCUUGACUACUAAAGUUCGAGUAGUCUUCGAUGCAUCUGCUAAAUCAAAUAACAAUAAAUCACUUAAUGAUAUUUUAAUGACAGGUCCUACUAUUCAAAAUACCAUCUUUACUCAAUUGCUCAAAUUUUGCUCCCAUAAAUAA